AUGGAAAAAAAGAAAAUUUAUGAUUAUAGAUGCCAUAGAUGUUGGAAAAUAAGUGAGCGUUUAAUUCCAUGGCAUGAUGAUGACUUUAACAACGAAUUAAAAGAAUGCUUUGCCAGAUGUGGAAUUAAAAAGAUGUCCUCACUUGGUGUUUGCAAUAUUAACAAUAAAUUUUGUAGUUGCCAAACUUAUAUGGAAGACGAUAAUAAUCCAGGAAAAUCUUGCCAAAAAAAGGGAGCUUCGUGUGGAUGUCAAACAUUUUUUGCUGUUCCUAAUGACCGAUUAAAAUGCAAAUAUUGUGAUAAUUUUUCUGCAUUUCAUAAGAUGACUUUCCAAAUAGUGUUUCUAGCUUGCCUGAAUCUAUCAACAAAAAAUAGUUGGAAAAAUAAAUCGGCUCCAAGAAAAAAUACUUCAAUUUGGAAAAAAAUGAAGAAAAGAGGUUUAAUUGUUGAACAAGUAACAUUUAAUAAGGAUGAUAUUAAAAAUUUUAAUACUAAAAUUGUUAGUUUAUUUCAAAUUGAUAUUGUUGCGAAUAAUAUCAUUAUAUUAAAAGCACUAGUCGAAAUAAGAAAAAUCGGCAAUCAACCAUGCCAACCAAAUUUCGGCGCGUGGAAUUCUGAUGAUAAUAUUAGAAGUCAGUUCUUUGGAUUUCGAAAGACGGUCAGCACUUCAGAUCUUUGGAGAUGGAUUUCGGUUUUGGCUUCAAAUUUUGGCGUUAGAUAUGGUUUUUCCAGUAUCCGAGUUCUUGAGGAUUUGCUGGAUCGGGUACUAUUGGAAUGUGGAAAUGACCAACUUUCGUCCAACAUUCGUCAAUUUGAAAUUUGGAUGAAAUGGAAUAUUCUGACCAGUGAAGGUACUAAAGGUGAAUUUAAAUCUUCAAUUUGUCAGUUAGCAUUUCUUUUUAAUAAUGUAUCGAUAUUUAUUAAUCAUGUUGCUUUAACAACAAUUUUAGCAUUGGUAGAUAAUUCCAAUGACGAGUCUUCUGUGAUGAAUAUCAAAAACUUGAUUAGUUGA